AUGGAACUCUCGUCAGUGGUGACGCUAAAGUACAACACAGAAAAAUGGCUAGAUGCCCAGAACAAAGCCGACUCCGAGUGGCUGUCCAACAACAAUUCACCAACAAAAAUGGUCACAUUGAACUAUCGCAGAGACAGACUGGACGCAUCGACGCCAGCGCUCUCUCCAGUACCAUGGAUGGUCAAAAAAGAGUUCAAACCACGCAAGCCAAAAUAUAACGAGAACGAUCCGUUUUUAAUUCGGCCCGUCAGCGAAUCUCUACAAAGACUACGAGAGUACGAAAAAAAUGUCCAGCUAGUAGGAGCCAUAAAGGCCGACAUCAACUGGUACCAUGACCUCACCAACGUCGCGCAGCGACUUCGGCUCCUACGAGACACCUACAAAGUGCUCCAGGCGGUAAGAAAAAAGAGAGCAAUGGGCGAGAGAGUCGACUUCCGCACUGCGCACGAGUUCAAGUCGCGCACUGGCAGUCCAGUGCCCCUGGACGAGAACGCCAGUGGGGGCCACCCGGGAGACGAAGAUGCUCAAAGUCGCCAGGGAGCUUCUCUAGCUUCAACGCCGGUGGCAGCGCCAGCUCGUAGAGGGAGACCGAGAAAAAGAGGCGGAGGUGCUGGACGUGGCAGGAAACCAGGCCCACGGCUGCGUACAGUUGUGCCUCUGCCAAUGCCUACGGCGACUAGAAGUCGAGCGAGUAGGAGAAAGCAGGAGGCGGCAGAGGCAGCAGCGGCAGCAGGGGCCACAGCAGCGUCAGAGACAAAGAGUGGAGGAGACUCGCGCGAUUCCCGCGACUCGACUCCAGCGCUCACUAGCGAUAAUGCUCAGCAGCCCGAGACUAGUCUGCUUACACAGUUUGGCACUCAGGACUUGAAGAGUCUCUUAGGUCUGAGCCAGCCGGACCAGGCUUCGAUGCUGGAAUUGGGUUCAAAUCCAGUGGUGACUGGGCUGAUGCCAGAGUACCAAACAUCGCAGGCCCAGAAGCAGUCGCACGGGUACUUUUCAUUUGAAGCCAACCCUCCAGAGAAUGUUCCUGUGAACGCUGAACAACAGAGCCUUGCAGAUGCUAGUGACUUGCAGCUCAUGGACGCUUUGACUACAGCAAAUGCAAUGUAUGACAAUGGUGCUAGUGAUGCCCCAGGGGUGCCAGAUCCUGGCGCUCGCCAUGUACCGCUCCAGAGGGCCACGCCACAAGAACAUAUAUUUUCAGAGCUCCAACACAAUGCACAAUGGGAACCCCCUCAGCAGCAUCCUGGAGUCCCUUAUGGCGAAUACUACCCGCAAUCUCACUAUCAGAAUCCCAGCGUGCUCUCAGAGCUGACCAUGUCGAUCAUUGAGAAUCUCAAGCGUAAAAACCCCAGCGGACUGGUGCUAGCGUCGCUUUACAACCGUCCUGGAGGGUUUAAUUUCUCUCCUCAAUGGGCAGCUCAGCAGGAGCACCGGCAGCAGCAUGAGGGUGGAGCCGACACCUCAGCCUCUUCUCAUCAUUUGCCGAACGACGGAAACCCGCCAAGCUGA